AUUAGAUACAUACUCAUUAGAGUCGUGUUCUGAGCAUAUUGUUGAAAGAUUCAUUAUAUCUCUAAUAGUUAAUUUAAUAUAGUAAAUAUUUGACAGCUGCAUACCGUAAAUAGGUGUAUCUGCAUUACGACACGGACAGACAAGAAGUUAUCAAGAAGUUACAUUUUAACGAACGGACAAACAUGGCUACAGUAUUAUCAUCAAAAGAAUUUUCCUUUAAAUGGACUAACUUCUCCAAUAAUCUAACUUCUGGUUUUCUUUCUCACUUGAGUGAGAAUGAUUUGGUUGAUGUAACACUCGCUGUAGAAGGACAAUUGUUAGUUGCACACAAAUUGGUUCUUUCUGUGUGUAGUCCUUACUUUAAGAAUAUAUUCAAGGAGUAUCCUUGUCAGCAUCCGGUAAUAAUACUGAAAGAUGUAAAAUAUGCUGAGAUUGCAGCUUUAAUGAAAUUUAUGUAUCAAGGAGAGAUUAAUGUAAAACAGGAAGACUUAUCUACUUUUCUGAAAGUGGCACAGAUGCUUCAGAUAAAAGGCCUGGAAGAGGGCGAGGCACAAAUUAUACCAUUGUUAAAUGAUUAUGUCAAUGUGUCAGAUUUGCAAUGCGAUUUUGAUGACGUAACUGUCUUCUCAGAUACAAGUGAAGGACAGGGAAGUAGUAGUAAAGCUUCAGAUAGGUCUGUGCGAUCUCAUAGAAUGGCCAGGAAAAACACUAAAAAAAGAAAGAAAAGUGCGGUUGAGGAUGAUUACAGUUCCAUUAAACAAUCUAGAAAGUCAAAUAUCAGUAAGAACGAUGUUUCUCUUUUAUCGGAUGAUGACAUAAAUACUGAGAAAGAUUUGAAUGAUUCUAAAAGUGAAAAGGAUAUUAAAAAUGACAUUGAGGCCAGUGAUACUAUGAAUAACGAUAAGGAAAUAAUCGAAUUAUCUAAUGAAUCCAAUGAAUCGAAUACAGAAAGAAAUUCAAUGCCAUCAGGAACGGAAUCAGGAAUGGAACCAGUGACUUAUAGACUAUCUGCCAGAGGUAGACCCCAGUUGGUUCACAAUGGAUACGUGUACAAUCUGACUUCCCGUUCUAAUUUGUUAAAUAGAUCGCACUAUCGUUGUGCAGAGCAGCAUCGUGGUUGCCGGGGUAAAUGCUCAGUGAUCGCCGAGAGCUUUAUGCCUACAGGGGUGCAUGAUCACAAUCAUCUUCCAGGUUAUCAGUCAGAAUAUGAUUACAGAAAGAAAAAAGGCAUGGACACGAAUAAUGUUUGAAGAGAAUUAUUCCACGUUACACAUUCCAUGGCAUCUCGUAAUACUUUAAACCGCACGCAAUUAUAUCUAAUUGUUAAUCUUUAUAUGUAUAUAUACAUCCUUAUCAAUAUAUAAUCAAUUGGAACAGACCAUAUGUCUAGCCGGGAAAUAAAAGGAAAUAAAUGGCAUUGCACACGUUUCUCUGAUUUGAAAUUAAAUGAGCAGAAAGAAAUUAUAUUUCUAUAAAAUAAUCGACUUAAAAAGUGACUUUUUUUAACACCCAGCUACAAAGUGAUAUUGGUUGUUCCAAUUGCGAAGUAUUAAUAUUAUCGACAGAAUGUAGAAUCUAGGCAAUUUCAUAAACUGACUAGUUUCUAUAAUUUGGCGGUACUGUACACUGCUGUUCAGUGAAGUCAAUGUUGAGCAAGCAAACUCUGCAAUUCUUUAUGCUUCUAUCUGCCAGCACAUGAUCGUCCUAUUGUUUUUCCUGCCAAAAAAUUUUCUUCUAGAAUAAUUCGUCACAUGUGACUAAUAUAGAUUCGUGGAUAGACAUUUGUUCAAAUAAUUAGGUAAUUUAAUUUAUACAAAUUAAUUAUAAAUUUCACUGAACAGAAGCGUGCAUUCGCGAAAGCCAAAACGAAAGCUGUGAAUUAAAUGGAUGCGUUUAACUAACGCUAGACAUGAAGUACAAACGUUGGCCUAAUUUUAAAGAGAAGAUUGUUUCAUCGCGCACUAUACAUUUUGCGGUUCAUGUAUAGAAAAUUGAGUCCAACGAUUAAUAUAAAUAACUAUACGAAAUAUAUAACUAUAUAAAACCGAUUGCUAACUUCCGUAGUCUUAAGUUUUCAUUCCCAAGUAAAGAUUAAAGAUUUAAUUAUAAAGUACAGUACAUUUUUACAUUUAAAUAAAACUGUGAUGCAUCGAUUUGUCAACUUCCAAAAUUCAAUAAAUAGCAUGAGUUACAUA